CUACCAAUCACCCUGCGCUUUCCGUGUGUCCAAGCCCCACCCGCACGUUGGGUAACGGCGCGCAGUUUCCACCAGCCAGGCAAGCCAAUCGUCAAACUUCACCUUCACCCUCAUUCGAAAGCCGCUCUCACAGCCAGCUGUCUUCGGAUAAUAAUCAUGGCAGCCCACCCAGGGAAGCCUAGCAAGCUCCUUGAGCUACCGCUCGAAUUGAAAGGUCAGGUCUUCAAGUGGGUGUCCGCGCGCGACUUCAGCGAGAGGAGUGUGCUUCAGCGUUGGUUCGAACGUAAGGAUAUCGAACAGAAGAUUGCUUUCAUCAAAGCCAAUAACCCUGAUUGUCUCGAACCCCGCCCCUACUACAUCCCUGACAAUGAGCCUAUUGUCGAUGACGACGUCGAGAGCGACGAUGACGAGGAUGCCGGCAGCGAGCGCGAGUCCGAUGACAGCGAUAUGGAUGAAGACGAAUACGACUAUGAAGCAGAUGAAAUGGAUGAAGAUGGAGAUGAAGAGGAUUCCAUGGAUGAGGAUGGAGAUGAAGAAGAAGACGAAGAGGAUGCCAUGAAUCAAGAUGGAGACGACGAAAGCGAUAUGGAGGAGGACCUCGAGCAAGAUGGCGCAGAUAUUGAAGAAGAAUUGGCAGAAGACGACGAGGACGACCUUGAGAUGGGGGAAUAUGUUCAUCCACACCCCAAGUGGGCCCACGUUCCCAAAUUCCUCCGCUUGACCAAGUACCCGCCACCUCCAGAGCUGCUCGGUAUCAAUAAGGCGCUCAGCGAACAAGCUCUUAGUUGGUUUUCGGACGUUGCCGUUCUCGAAAUUGAUGUCACAGUAAGCUUCGUUCACGCUAGCUUCUUCCUGGAGACCCUACUGCAAAUUGGCGAUGCCGCGUUCUCGCCAUUGGAGAAAGUCAAGAAAGCGAAGAUCGAGGUGGUCUGGGAUUCACUCUGGGUUCGCGCCUCAGACAAUGACUUUGUUGUCAGCGUGUUCCCUGCUGAGCUUCGGGGGCGCAUCGACGCCGUCAAGCAACUCCUAAUGCAUACACCAUCUCUGGAGGCUGUCACCAUCGAGUGGUUCGACUCUACCGACGACCCCGAAGCUCAGAUGCUCGUGGCCGACAUCUGCGAGCCAUUUCUGGAGCUUAGCGCCAGCAUCGAAGUCAAGCAGACGAUCCAGGAGCCUGGUGUCAAGAAACCUGGCGAUAAGAGCUUCAAAAGAAGGAAGGUUGGCAAGCUCCGUGCCGAAUUCCAGGAAAUCAUCAAUGCUCGGCGUGGUUUUAUCUAG